CUCCAAUUUAAAAUUUUGUAUAAAAAACAUUGUUUUCAUACUGACAGUAAUAUUUUUUAAGGUUAGAGUUUGUUUGCUGUCACUCAUUGAACUUGUUUCGUAAUCGUAUGAAUCAUUGAUGCAAUUAUUAUUUAUGCGAGAAUGAAUUUCUGUUUUUAAAUUCAUUUAAUUAAUUAAAAUGAAGGGAUCCUUGAAAGAUAUUUUAAAAGAUUUAGGAUGGGAUUCAGGUUUUCGAAUUCCCGUAGCUAAUGAAGAGAAUAAACAACUUGAACAAGAGAUUGAAAAAAAACUACAAGAGAAAAAAGAAUUGACUCAAACAUUAGACAAAACAAAUUCACGAGUUCAUGCCAUUGAAUUAUUUCUAAAAGAUAUUAAAGUUCUUUAUAAUUAUAAUCAAAAGCUUUUGACAGCUUGUGUAGCUCAAUAUGAAGCAGAAAAUCAUUUCGAAAAAUUGUCCCAACACGAUGAAUCAGCUAUUGAAAAGGAGCUUCGUUCUCUUGAAAAAGAGAAAAAAGAUACUCAAGAGCGAAUUGGAUCAAUGACCAAAGAAAUUAAAAAAUUGCAAGAAAAUUUAGAAUGUUUAAAAAGAAUUGUAUCAUUCAAUAAACAUGAAAUCCUUGAAUGUAAAAAGAUUUUAAAUCGUGAUGAAGAACAUCAGCAAUUAAUAAGAAAAUAUGUCAGAUUGGAUAUGAAAAAGUUUAAAGAGUUAGAUCUUAAACGAGAGAAGUUGACCGAAGAAUUAAAAAUUCAUAAGCAAGCUGUCAUUAAGGUAAUAGAUAAUAUUUGUGAAAAAGAAGUAGUAUUAGAUAGAACUGCUAAAUUUUAUACAGAAGCUUUAAAUACUCGUAAGCAAUUGAUAGAACGUUGGACACAAAGUGUUUUAAUUUUACGAGAAAGAGAUGAUGAUAUUCAGAAGAUAAUCAAGGAAAUUGAAACUUUAAAAACUGCUGGAGCAGAAAAAUUAAAAAUUCUUGAUGAAUCAGAUAGUUUUAUGAAUAAUCAAAUAAGUUGCAAUAAAGAGCUUGAAUAUGCAAUAAAGAAUCUGGAAAAAGCUCUUGUAUUAGCCAAAGAAAAACGUAAUCAAGUUGCAAAAGAUAUUGAUGAGGGUAAUUUGGAAUACAAAACACAAAAAAGAAUUUUAACUGAUAAUAGCUACAAGAUACAAAAUUUGCAAGUUGAAAUAAAAGCAAUGAAGAGAAAUAUUACGAAUGAAACGAAAAAAAUAGAUGAUUGGAACAAACAAAUAGCAGACAUGAAAGCAACUUUGAAUAAAGUCAAUAAUCAGAGUGAGAAUGUUCAGGACAGAAGAAAAAAAUUAGAAUCCAUGAUUGAGAAAGAAAAAAGACGUAAAUUUUCUUUAUCCAGCGAAAUUAAACGAUUCCAAGGCUUAUCUGCUCGAACAAUGAGUAAAAUUAGUGAUCGAGAGAAUGAUAGGAGAAUGAUUGAACUUCAAGAACAAGGAGAGCUGAAAAAAAUCGAACUUUUAGCUAUGUCUCAAGUAAAAGAGGAAAAACGACUUCAAGAGAGAAAAGAGUCAGCCUAUAAACUAGAUAUAUUGAUUGAAAAUUGUAAAAUACGACUUGGAAAAGGUACAAAGGAUGCGGGUAAAGAUGCAGAUGAAUUGGAAAGGAAACGAAAAAAAAUUGAUGGACUUCUAGAGGCCCUCGAUAAAAGGAACGACGUUUCGAAAUUGCUCCGAAAUCAUAUGAUCAAAUUAGAGAAUGAAUUAAAAAAAGCUCAGAGUACUUUAGAUGCAGAGAAUAAUAGAGUAAAGUUGUUGAAGGAUAAAAAACAAAAUCUUGAAUUGAUGAUGCAAGGUGGCGAGAAGCAAUUAAAGUUAGUUGUGCGUUUAAACGAAGAAAAACAAGUGGCAAAAAAUAUUCUAGAAUUAAAAAUAACUCAAGCAGAAGAAAUGAUGAGAAAUACAGGUAGUAGAGUUUAUAAUUUAGAGCAAUGUCUCUUGAAGAUUUGUACUGCAAUGAAGGAACGAAUAGCGGAAUUAAAAAUGUUACGAGAAGCAUUUAAUUUAAGAAAUAAAUUGGCUAUAAAUGAAUGCUCAGAAUUACGUGCAUUAAUCAAUGAAAAACACUACCAAACUCUCCACCUUCAGUCGCGAUAUGACAAUAUAAUUGCUACUUCAAAUGCAAAUAUUACUGGCGAUUCAUUACCAGCAACGACAUAUUUAAAAAUACAGAAUGCACAGUAUAAAUACGAAUUACAAGAAAGAGGAGACAAAUUAGAUGCGGCUAUUAGAAAAACUGAGCAAGAAAUUAAGAGUAUGGAAAAUACCUUGCGGGUAGUUAAUGCCUGCAAUGAAAAAUAUAAAUUGUCAUUAGGAACAGCGGAAGACGACAGUUCAAAACAGAUAAUACAAAGUCAACUUGAUCAUCAAAUGUUUCAAGCUUUAGAUGAACUAAAAAGAAAAAAAUCUCAGUUUAACACUAGUAAAAGUGAAUUAUCGAUAACUGAAGAAAAUUAUAAAUUGUCAUUAGAAGACUUAGAACAGAUGAAAGAGGAGAAAGAUAGAAGACACGAAAUAGUUGUUGCCCUAGAGAAGCAAAUUAAUGACCAGAAAGGGCGAUUAUCUAGAGCGGAUAUGAGGCUCAAGAAACUUUACAAGGACAUUCAGCGACUUUGUGAAUGUGCUAAUGAUGAUAUCAUAAUUUUACAAGAAAAGGAUAUUGCAACACGCGAAAUCGAAGAACAGAAUCUCCUUGGCCUUCAGCGGUUAACCGAGUUUACUAUACGUCACGUAGAAGCGGAAGUUUAUGUAAAAAAGUUAAUUGCUGCUAAGAAUAUCAUAUUACCUUGUACCCAGCAUAUCAAACCUUCUUCAUCACCUGCUAGUUUAUGUGAAAGUUCCAGAAGUUCAAUUUUAUCAUUUAAUCGUAAUAAAAAAUAUCUUCAAUCAACUGAAAGUAUUAAUCGAAGUCGUUAUUAAAUCUAUUUUGUAUUCUAGUCAGCAAUAUGCAUUUUUCAAAUUUUUUAUAUAUAUUUAUUUAUGAAACUAAUUAUUUAAUUUAUUGCUAUAGCUAAUCUAAAAUAAAAAGUCUAUUAAUAAUA